AUGCCAGAGCCAGAAGCCACCCCGGAGUUCGAGGCUACUGCCGCCGACCUCUCGCCCCACUGCCCAUCUCCCCUCCACUCCGCCGCUCCAGCUGUCGUGCCUGCUCUCCAGGACACUGCCGAUAUCCUUGAUGCAAUGUCCGCCCAAACUAAUGGAGUUGCCCACGGUGGCGUAGACGCUUUUGCACCCGCUCCUGUAGUCGAGUCUGCCCCGACCGACCCGUACGCCUUCGCCGAACCUGGCGAUGCAAAUGGCGACAAUGACGACGUCGACAGUCUGGAUGAUGCCUACGGAGAGGAAGAGGAGACAGACACGGUCAAGGUGCAGGAACAACAGGUGGAACCAGACGCCGGCGAGGAUGACUAUCUCAAGAUCUUCGACUCUCCUCCUCGGGAUGCGGAUGAGGAUGGCGCUGAUCAGGAUGAUGUAUCAAAGGCACCAGAAUCCAUGCACUAUUCCGCCGCUUCUGCUUCUCUGACAAGCCCUGCCCAAGGGGUCCCUCCGCCUGUCGCUGAUUCCUCGUCGGCCCGCGCUGCUCCUGUUGCUGCAGACCAAUCUCCCACCAAUCCCGCGCCUUCCACGACAGCUACCGCCCACCCAGGAGCUGAUUCGAGCGCGCACAACUCGACUGCCAGCAUCGCCGAGUCCAACGCACGCAAUGACAAUGCCCCCGAGGAUGAUCACGCCGUUGACAUCUCUCGCCUCGUCGCUGAGAUGACCGGCCAGACGAGCGAGUCCAGCGCCGGCCAAAGCCCUGCCGGCUCUACCCAGAACCAUGAUGCCCAGUCAUCGUCCAACUUGACCCCCUCCGCGUCUGCUACUCUUCCUCCCAGACCUCCAAUGCCCCAGCAGACGGCUUCCACGUUCCCUCCUGAAGACUAUCGGGCCUUCCACCAGCAGAAUGGCGCCCCUCAGGCCCCCUCCAGCAUGAUCGCCCCGCCCACGCCGGGACAGCCCUCUACCUAUGUGUCUGCGGGUGCUCCAGGUGCCCCUGGCACUACGUCCGACGCCUUUGGCGGCCUUCCUCCUCCUCCCGCGACCGGCCUGAAUGCGACUGUCCCGAUCACAUCCAUGACUGCGCCUCCGCACCCGAACAAUGUCGGCCAUGCAGCUUACCAGCCGGAUGAGACUACUGACCGCCAGAAGCAUUGGGAAACAUUUGUCAACGACGAGCGUCGCUACAUGGCAGAUGCCAAGUGGGAUAGAUUCCCCGAUGGCUCACGCAUCUUCAUUGGCAAUUUGUCGAGCGAACGAGUCUCGAAACGCGAUGUAUUUGACAUCUUCCACAAGUACGGCCGCCUCGCCCAGAUCUCGCUCAAGUCGGCCUACGGUUUCGUCCAGUACCACAACCUGGAGGACGCCCAGGCUGCCAUGGACAACCUGCAGGGCAUCGAGAUCAAGGGUCGCAAGAUUCAUCUGGAAAUCUCGCGGGCUCAGAAGAAGAAGGACGGCAACGAACGUAACCGUUCACCAGAGCGCGGUGGUCGCGGGGGCCGACAGGCAGGACGUCAAGAACGUCAGGAUGGGGCCAAUUCGCACCAUGACAAUCGCCGCAACCGUGACGACUACCGACCGGGACGUUCCUCGCCUCCCAGACGCAACGGUGGCCACGCCCGCGAAGACAGUCACGGCGGCCGCGAUCGGUAUCAGCACGACGCCCUUGACCGGUCGCGUGGCCGAUCUCGUUCUCCCCACGGUUACGGCCGUCAGAAGGACGGCUACCGCAGACGCACCCCCAGUCCGCCCGCCUUCAACCGAGCUGCUGCAGCGGAUGACCGCCUUGACAUUCCACGCCGGUACGGGAACCAAGUUCCCGAUGUCCAGUUCCUGCUCCUCCAGGAGCUCAGCCGUGACUUCAUUGCCUGGGUUCAGCGUGGCUUCACCGAUCGAGGCUUGAAGGUGGAUGUUAUGUUCCUUCACCCGAGCUUCCCUCGUGAGGCAAUCAUCCAAAGACAGGUGAUUGAGGGCGUCCACGCCAUUGUGGACCUCGACGUGCACGCGCAGAAUAUAGGCAAGAUCCCGAUCCGAGUCUUCGACCGCUCAGGCGGCGUUAGUGCCCGGUAUGACGAUUACCGUGACAUCGACCCCCCUAUCGCGGCAGAACUCGUCCUCCGAGCCAAGUCGCAGGCGAUUCCGGCGGCAGCGCCUUAUCAAAAUGCGCCGCCUCCUCAGCCGCAGUACCAAGGAUACGGCCAGCCGUAUGGACAGUCUGUACCGCCUCAUGCGCCUACCUACCCUGGAGCCCAAGGUCCUCCGCGUGGUCCGCCUCCCGCUCAGCAGCCAGCCGUCAACCCGGCGGAUCUCGCCAGCUUGAUGAGCGGCAUCGAUAAUGCGACCCUCCAGCGGCUGCUGGCUAGCAUGAGCUCCCAAGGCGCUGGCUCGGUCGCCGCGAACAGCGCCGCCGGAGCUGCAAGCGCGCAGUUCCAUGCCCUCAUGGGAGGUAUGCAGACGGCACCGCCUGGGGCACAGACUCAGCCUGCCUCGUACGGGGGGCAGGCUUAUGCUCCCAACGGCCAGCCGCCGACAAGUGGUCACCCCGCACCAGUCGGCACAGGUGAUUCAGCCGCGCAGGUUGAGAACAUAAUGGCACAGCUUGCUAGAUAUCGACAGUGA